CCGAAACUAUAUCCAAUCAUGCUUCGAACUCAAUCACCAUCUCCAUAGCCAAACCUUAGCCGCACCACUCCGCCACUGCAAACCAGUGCCGCUCCAUCAUCUUUGACCGAAGCAACCCUUCUUCCUCCGCAGCCAAGCUCCCGGCGGCGUCUUCAACGGUGUAGGCUCGGGGCUCGGGUCAAAGAGGCGUUGCAUCUGUAUGUGGGUGUUGAUUAUGGAAAACUUAUCAAAUAAUGCCUUUCCACCCCUAUGCUCCAUAUUAGAACCGACCCGAAUGUUUUGUUUAUUUCAUUCAGCGAUGGGCGACACCAGAGUGGAGGAGUUGCCGUUACCGGCGCUGUUUGAGCAAGCGCGGGAGAUCCACGCCACCGCCAAUGCCGAUCAGAAGGUUGUGAAGAAGGGUUACGAGACCUUGCAGAAAUGUGAGGACAUGGUUAAUAAGCUCGGUUUGUUCUCUUCAAAUGAAACCAAAGAGGAUAUCAGCACCGGCAACCUUAAGUACAUUCUGGCACUUGUGCCAUUUUAUCUUGCUGAGAUGACUGAACAAAUAGCACAGGAUGACAGGAUACAGAUUGUAAAGGCUUCCCAGACAAAACUCAAGGAAUUUAUCUCAUUUUGUGAAGCUAUGGAGCUUGUCCCAAAAGAGGAGUUGGAAUCUUAUACACAAGGGGCACCAAAAUCUGUUGCUGAUCAGAGGGCCCGAAAGAAUCUUGCAAGGAACAUAACAAGAGGGAGAUGAGAAAGGUACCUGUGGAUGGUCUUGCAGUGAGAACGGCGAUGGAGAACGAAGACGGCGUGACGGCGUGACGGCGAGCAGCUAGCGUGAACGGCGAUGGAGAACGGAG